AUGGACUCUUUCGACGGUGCUUCACGCCCGACUCGCAAGAAGUUUGCUAAACCCCCGGUCAAAGUCGCCUGUCUACCCUGUCGCGCCUCUAGAACACGAUGUGGCGGUCAAAUGCCAUGUUCCAAUUGUGUGAACAAAGACAGGGAUUGCUCUUAUUUACCCAGCAAAAGAGGUGGUCCUCGGAAGAAGAAGGAAAAGUCCUCUCUGUCACCUGAAAGGGACCAGAGUCAUGAUGCGCCUUCGUACCCUGCCAUGCCCUCACCAGGCUUUGAAGAAUCGGUGAUUUUCAAUCAACUCGAUAAUCUCUCACUGCCGGGCGCCGGUUUGCGGCAUCUAGAUUUCCAAUCUGAGAUGCCCACCAUCUUUCAGGGUCUUUUCACCAACGAUGGAACCGAGUCGCAUAUGCAGGUGCCUCCAGUGCCACCAUCAUUGAACACGACCAAUUCAUACGUGAGAACCUAUGGCAGCGAGCCGGAGAUAUUAAACGCCUACUAUGACUUUAUUCACAAUUAUUUCCCAAUUCUUCCGCCACGAGCAUCACCGCCAUGUCGAGAUCGACCUCUUAAUUGCCCGGUUCCUGGCUCUAAUACAUCUGAGCCAAUGAUGAUGUACCGCCCUCGUUCGCCAUUAAGUCUUGCGCUCUCCGCGAUCUUAGCUUUGAUUCCGCACCCAAGUGAUCUCGAGCCGAACUCUGGACCAUCUGUUCUCCAGCGCCGAGCCUACGCCCACAGUUUCGCCCAGCUUGCAAACACCACCAUCGAGGCGGAAUGCGACCUCGAUAUGUCGUCCACCGAUCCGGCUCAGGCAUUGUCCGCUGGACGCCCGUUUGUCGGACGCCAAUCAUUCCAUCCUCACUGUCCGGUGGAUUAUGAGAGCCUGUUGGCUUUGUUGGUUCUUUCCAUUUAUGAAUACGCGCAGCGGGGAAACCUGCUCAAAAUGCGGUAUCGUGCUGGUCAGGCUUUGGCAAUUGCUUUGGAUAAAUCUUUGCAUGCUCAAAUGGGGAAUGAUGAGUUUUCCGAGGCUCGCCGGAGAGCCUGGUGGAUGACGUAUUAUUGCGUGAUUCAAGGGUCGAUCGUGAGCACGACGAUGCCUGCUAUCGUCAUCAACGAUCCUCAAUUCACAACUCCAUACCCAACAUUCUCAUCAGAUGCUGAGGGCUGGAACAUCUUGAUACAAUCCCAGCAAGUCCUUGUAUCAGCCACCCAGUUCAUUGGGGACUUGAACAAGUGCCUCAACUCCCAGUCAGGGAUGUACCAUAUGUUUGAACGGAUGCAACAACUCGAUGCGUGGACCAAUUCUGUGAUUGCACAGGUAGAACUUUUGCCUCUGGUGCCCCGAACAUCCGACUUCGGCGAUCACAACGAAUCUAUCACAGCCCAAAGCAUACGCGCGAUCUCCCGAAUCAAACUAUGCAGUGCGCAAAUCAAAACCCAUCGUUACCGCGCCUUCUCAGACAUUCCACUGUUCAUCAAAAAGCACUGUGAUCUGACUUCCGCCAACCCAAACACCCCAGGCACCCCAAACCCUUCAAACACCGCAAUCGCCAAAGCAGGAGGUAUGCACAACGUCUCGUGCCCCUGCAGCAACCUGGAUUCCUUCCAGCGAGCCGCCUCUACAGAAUACAUGACCCCAUCCGACUCCUCGACCUCUUCAGACAAUUAUUCAGACACCAGAACGCAUGUCCCUCAAUAUCCGCAAUACCCAUUCGCAUCCGGCUUCCCCUACAGCACGCAACAGUCCGGCAAAAUCUGUCUCCAGGCCUCUCUCCUCAUUUCCCGCAUUUUCCACAGUCUACCUAUUCCACAGCCACUUACCGACGCCCGAUCCCCGCGCACACUACCGAGAACUAUGCCUUCUUUCGCAUGCUGUUUGAUUCAAAGCAGUUAUGCUAUGUUCAUGAUAUAUUACAAGGCACGCGUGGCGAAGCAGCUUUCACCUGACCAGAAUGAUAACAGUGGUGACUCGACUGGUCAGCUUAUUGAGGAACUGCGGCAAGGGCUGGAACGGAUCAUUACGGCUGUGUCGAAUUAUUCUCUCGCCUUUGAGGCUAUGGACGGAAUGAGAGAUGAGAUCGAGGGUGCCUACAAGACGGCAUUUUCUAUGGCGUCUAUCUAA